AUGGGCCAAGUACUUGGUUGCAUUCAAGUGAACCAGUCAAAAGUUGCUGUGAGGGAACAAUUUGGGAAGUUUGAUAAUGUGCUUGAACCAGGAUGUCACUGCUUGCCCUGGUGUUUCGGGUACAAGAUAGCCGGUGAGCUAUCACUGCGUGUGCGCCAACUUGAAGUUCGAUGUGAAACCAAGACCAAGGACAAUGUGUUUGUCAAUGUGGUUGCAUCUAUUCAGUAUCGUGCCUUACCGGAAAAGAUAGCGGAUGCUUUCUAUAAGCUCUCUAAUGCCAACUCACAGAUUCAGGCCUAUGUGUUUGAUGUUAUCAGGGCAAGUGUACCCAAACUGGAGUUGGAUGCUGUCUUUGAGCAGAAGAGCGACAUAGCAAAAGCUGUUGAAGAGGAGCUUGCAAAGGCGAUGUCUACUUAUGGUUAUGAAAUAGUCCAGACCCUUAUUGUGGAUAUUGUGCCUGAUGUUCAUGUGAAGAGAGCAAUGAAUGAGAUCAAUGCAGCUGCAAGACACAGGUUGGCAGCAAAAGAAAAGGCUGAAGCCGAGAAGAUACUGCAGAUCAAGCGAGCUGAAGGAGAGGCAGAGUCCAAGUACUUGGCAGGGCUUGGCAUGGCCCGCCAGCGCCAGGCUAUUGUUGAUGGGCUGAGGGAUAGUGUUCUUGUCUUCUCUGAGAAUGUUCCUGGAACAUCAGCCAAGGAUGUCAUGGACAUGGUGCUGGUGACUCAAUACUUUGACACCAUGAAGGAGAUCGGAGCAUCCUCAAAGUCCUCGUCUGUUUUCAUCCCGCACAGGCCAGGUGCGGUGAGGGAUGUUGCUUCACAGAUUCGGGAGGGUCUCCUUCAAGCUGAUUAUGCUAAGGAGUAG